AUGGCAGAAACAUUUUUCGAUCCUGAGAAAUUUUAUGAGGAUGUGCCUGAGGAUGGAAAUAUUCCUUUAACAUCAUUUCUUGAAAAAACUAGGCAGAUCAUCGCUGUUUUAGAUUCCUUUGGAAUAGUUUUUUCACCAGUGAAGAGUGAUAUGCAAAACAACAUUGAUAAAAUCACUAAAGCUAUGAAGAAACCAGAUGGAGGAGAAUACCACACUCUUAAAGAGCUUAUAGAAGCUGAAGAACAGCAAGGUGUUAGUAAGGGUAAAAACUCAGGCACUGUAGCUGCUGUUUGGUUGGGAAGGGGCUUGAAAUUCAUGUACCUGUUUUUUGAACAACUUGUCUCGGAUAAAAGCAAUACAGAGAGCAACACAGAGUUUGUCCAGACUGCUUAUAAAGGGUCUUUGCAACCCUAUCACAAUUUCAUGUCAAAAUCAAUAUUCACAGUGGCAUGUCGUGGAGUACCUAAAAGGAGUGCACUUUGCAAACAGUUAAUGAAAAAUCCAGAGGGCAAGACAGCCGAUGAAAUCAAUAGAACGGUGAUAGAUGGCAUGAGAGAAUAUCUGAAGAACUUGAAGGCAACAACUGAUGUGUGGAACGGUCAGUGUAUGGAAUUGACAAAGGACAAGUACAACAGUCUAUAGCCUUUAUCUAUAGACAUCAGGGUUGCUGCGGCCUUACGUGAAUUUGUAGGAGGGGAUGGCCAUUUAAAAGCAACUGUUCUUGCUAUGGAGAAGAUUUUUGAAAAGGCAGGAUGUCUACAUAUUUAGGCAGAGAAUGGAGCUUUAUCUUACACUGAGCAGCUGCUCUUUCUGUUAUUACUUCAAUCAGCUGGGUAUUAACAUUACACAAAUGUUUGUAACAUUUCACAGAUGCUUGGAAUUUACACAAGUGUUUAUACCUCUAUGUCCAUGGUAAUGCAUUAUCUGGAAUUCUGGCAUUUUUCUAUGAUUUGUUGCUUACUUGUAGAUGUACAGUAACACUGAAAUCUAUUUACGCAACGAUAAACAUCGUAACAUUGAAGUCUGACCUCAUUUUAUGUUAUGAUAAACAUCGUAACAUUGCAGUCUGACAUCAUUUUAUGUUAUGAUAAACAUCGUAACAUUGAAGUCUGACAUCGUUUUAUGUUAUGAUAAACAUCGUAACAUUGAAGUCUGACAUCGUUUUAUGUUAUGAUAAACAUCGUAACAUUGAAGUCCAACAUGUGUUUAUUUGAUGAUAAACAACAAUAUUUGUAUGAUGUAUGUUAAACUGAAAUGAUGUUAGGCUUAUCACUGUUAGUUGAUAUUUUUGUAUAUUUAGUCUGAAGGUUUGAAUUAUACACCACUGUGGAACUUAUAUACUUGUAGUGAUAGAAUAGUCAGGGUGUUAAGGUAAUUCUGCUUGCUUGCUUGCUUAUUUAUUUCCUAAUGCUCAAACUCAGUGGAAUAUGGAGUUUUGUACAGCAAUCAUUGACGAAUAGUUCUGUAUAAUCUCUGACGGUGUCAUUUUACAAAGAGACAAACUCUGUAGUCCAUAUCCUAUCUAUAUAUCUAUAUGUUUUAUGGUUAGAAGAAUAUAUCAGUAGGAUUAUUCUGUUCUCUUAUCGGGAAUUGAACCUCUCCUAAACAUAUUGAUGAUGACAACUAUUCUCAUUAACCUUUUCUAUAUAAUUCAGUUGGUGUCAGUUCACCAACACGUCAUACAAUGUAACAUCUGUCAACUAAUUCAGGAACAUGUUGCAGUUUUAGAUGAUCAAAUCUGCCAAUCGGCAAAGUGAAACUAAGUGUCUUUCUCAUGAUGUCACAUGAUUGGUCCACAAGCUGUACACAUGAUUGGUCCACUCACUGUACACAUGAUUGGUCCACACACUGGUCACAUGAUAUGUCCACACACUACACAUGAUUGGUCCACUCACUGUACACAUGAUUGGUUGACACACUGGUCACAUGAUUGGUCGACACACUGUACACAUGAUUGGUCCACUCACUGUACACAUGAUUGGUAGACACACUGUGCCCAUGAUUGGUCCACACACUAUACAUGAUGGGCCCACACACUGUACACAUGAUUGGUGGACACACUGGUCACAUGAUGGGCCCACACA